AUGUUAUCUAGUGAUUAUCGCGUGAAUACCAGUGAUACGCACAGCCAAGUGCUCGGCUUUCCGGCUGGACCCCAAGUGGCUUCGGCAAUGAUUCUUCUGGCACUGGCUCUGGUACUGAAGACAAUCAUCACUGUAUUCACCUUCGGCAUCAAAGUGCCUACAGGCCUGUUCAUUCCAUCUCUCGCAGUAAGCCAGCUCUUCGAGUAUAUAACCUAUUUGUCCAUUUGUCUCGUACUCUGUAAAAACAUUAUUUCUGGUUCAAGUAUAAAAAGCCUGUCCAAGUAA